AAGACCUAUGCAGUAGUUACCAUUCACUUGGCGCGAACUCCCGUCCCGACAUUGAAAAUGGUGAGAUUUUGCGACAACCGCCGCCGGUUUUGGGUGCUAGGCAGCGUGUUGUCGGUCGUGUUGAUAGGCGCGCUGAUCGCAGUGCUGGUGCUACAGCCGUGGACCGGUUCACAGCACGUGCGUUAUCAGCGCGCCGCCGUCGCUGCUAAUGGGCACGAGUGCGCCACCGUCGGGAGGGAGAUACUUGAAAAGAAUGGCUCGGCUGUCGAUGCUGCGAUAGCGACGUUGUUCUGUGAGGGGAUAUCUUGCGCGCAAUGUAUGGGACUGGGAGGCGGGUUCCUAGCGACCGUGUACGACGCGAGCACGGGACGGGUGAGGGUACUCAACGCCAGAGAACGAGCUCCCGCCGCCACGACCCUGAACAUGUACGAGAACGCGUCGUCGACCGUGGGCGGGCUCGCGAUCGCCGUACCCGGAGAGCUACGAGGUUACGGCGCACUGUACCAGGAGUACGGACGCUUACCGUGGCGAGAGCUAGUGCAACCAACAGCAGAAUUGUGCCGUCGUGGACACCGCGUCACCGAAUACAUGGGCAGAGUAUUACAAACCUUCAGCGACCGAAUCAUGGCGGAACCGUCUAUGAGGGAACUUUAUGUCAACAAGGCGACAGGCAAAGUGUGGAACGUGGGCGACUACAUAACAGAUCCCACUUUUGCCAAAACUUUAGAAAUUAUAGCGGAGGAGGGCCCCGAGGCGAUUCACGACGGCUCACUAACGGCGCGACUCGUACAAGACAUACAGAACUUCGGCGGUAUUAUUACCGAAGACGACCUACGGAACUACAGGGUAGAAUGGCAAGAACCUAUCGCAAUACCGCUGACGGAGCAACACACGCUAUAUUCGGUGCCCCUGCCCGGCUCGGGCUCAGUGCUAGCGUUUAUACUGAACAUGCUACGCGGAUGGAUCGGCGUCGACACCGUGGCUCCCGUAGGCUCCGACCUAUACUGGCAUCGCAUCGUAGAAACCUUCAAAUACGCGUACGCGAAGCGAACAGGCCUCGGGGACCCUUCACGUCACAACCUUAACCAAAGUAUUCUUGAGUUAGAGCAAAACCUUGCAAAUGCUGAGUGGGCUGCCUCGUAUAGAGGGCGCGUGGACGACACCCGCACAUACAAUGAUUGGAAACACUAUGAAGCUGUGUUCGAGGGAGCAGACGAUCACGGGACAGCGCACGUCAUCGUUGUGGCGCCCGACGGGAGCGUGGUCUCUGCAACCAGCACUAUCAACUUUAUAUGGGGCUCGCAAAGAAGGUCUCAAAGUCUGGGCUUCAUACUCAACAAUGAGAUGGAUGAUUUCGCCAUUCCGAAUCGAGACUCGUCAUAUGGACUUCCCCCUUCGCCGGCCAACAUGCUAGCUCCUGGACUACAGCCUCUCAGUUCAAUGGUGCCCAGUGUUGUUGUGUCAAAGAGCGGAGCUGCAGAUUUAGUUUUGGGUGCAGCCGGUGGCACUAAAAUUACAACUCAAGUCGCAUUGAUGGCGACACACAUCAUAGUCGAGGGCCACGACCUCCCGGAUGUGAUUCGGCGACCUCGAUUACAUCAUCAACUGUUGCCGAUGGAAAUUCAACACGAAGCUAAUUUCGAUUCAGACGUAAUAGCAUCAUUGCGUAGCAAAGGACAUGCAACAACUGAACUGGGACCCACGGCGGGUUUCGCUGCAAUGGUGGCCAUACACCGUGAUCGCUCGGGAUAUUUGGUCCCGGCCACAGAUCACAGAAGAAUCGGUAGCGUUGACGGAUUUUAAAGAAAUCUUCAAUACCAUGAGUGUUCUUUUUCUAGCAUUAAUUAAUGUGAAAGUUACAGUUCGCCAUAUUUAGUAAGCCUUAAAGGAAACUUGGACCUAUUUUACAGCGAUGGCGACCAUAAAAUAUGAAAUACGUGAAUUUGAUCUCAUCAACAAUCUGAAACAACAGCGUUGUUUGUUUGAAUUUCAAAUAAUCUUAAUGAAAUAAAAAAAAAACAUAAU